AGAUUCCUAGUAAUAAAAACGAACUCAUCGCUUUAACAUUACAUUGUCAAUCAUAAUUUUCACACAAUCAUCGAUGAAACCUUUAAAAAUAUUCACAGUUGUUGCCUCAACUUGAUAUUAUUGUCUAGUAUAACCUAAAAUAUUGACAUAUAUACAUUGUACAAUCAGUAGUUUUGAAUAGUAUUAUUAUUUAUUUAAAAUAAUAUUUAACGAUGUCAAUCAAAAAUAAAAUUAGUAAAGAAGAGCUGAGAAAAGCUAUGUUCGAGGCAAAAAAGAAACAUAGUGCGAUAAAGAAAAUAGAAUCACCAUUAGCUAGGUAUAACGAAUUAGAUCAACUCACAUGUGUUCUUUGUAAACUGGUGGUACGUAAUGAAGCAAUAUGGCCAGUUCACUUAAAUUCAAGAUUACAUAAAGAUAAUAUUGCAUUAGCCAAGAAAACAAAACUUGAAUCUACCAUACCCUCGCAAUCUGUAAAUUCCAAUAAAAGAUUAUCCACGUAUGAAAAUCCACAACCACAAAAGAAAAUUAAAGGAAUAUUGAAGAAUGUAUGUCAGCAAUCAUCGACUACAAGUACAAAAUUACCAGCAGACAUUUUUGAGAAUUCUAUGAUUACUGAUAAUAAUGUUGGUGUAGCCGUAACAAAUUUAACGAGUAGUAGUACAGAGGUAGUAAAUAAUGAAGAAGAAAUGGUAAAUAAUGAAAAUAAGGACAAUAAGGAUGCUAGUCAAUCGAUACUUCCGGAGGGAUUCUUUGAUGAUCCAGUAAAAGAUGCAAAGGCUCGUAAUGUUGAAUAUAAAGAUCCAAUCGAAGAAGAGUGGGAAAGAUUUCAAAAAGAAAUUAAAGAAGAAACUGCACAGUCGGCUCAAAUAAUUGGAGAUGAUCAAGAAGAAGCAGCGACGGAAAGGCAACUCGAUGUAAUUGAAGAACAAUUAAGAAACUGGUCUAGGGUCAUGGAUUUAGUUAAACAGAAAGAACUAGUUCAAAUAGCUGAACGAAAACAAGAUAACAAUGAGUCGUCUAGCGACGAAGAGGAUUUCGAUGAAUUUCUCGAUUGGCGAGCGAAAAAAUCGUACCGUGAUUGAUUAUUUUUAUUUGUAAAUACUGU